GCUUUCUUUGCGUUUAAUUUGCUUGUGCAUCCGAACCAGGUUGGACGUAUUGUUGCUGUGCAGUGUGCGCUGUGUGUGUGGUUCGUUAGCUGCUCAGUACAGAAGCAACUGGGAAACUGGGGCUCCCACCUUCGCAGCGCACCGUGCUAACAGUUUGACGCGGCCUGUAAUGGCAAACGGUUGUUGUUGGUUGUUGUCGGUCAGUCUUCACACUAAAAGGAUUAUCAAAGGCGAUUGCGAAUGUCGCCGCGGUUCGUGCAGUUGUUGUAGUGGCGUAAACAACGAAACUUUACCCUGAUUCGAGGGCAACGGCGACCUGAUUGUGGCUACCCGUGGAAGUGAACUGGUGCGAAGCUAACAAGACACAACAAACGUCUUCCGCGGAUGUGUUUGGUGCACGAGAUGGCACAAAGUCAGCAGAGCUUUUUGAAACAAGAAGCGGGCAACCUGAGUCGGGAAGAUACGCUACUCAAAAUGACCGACCAUCGUGCAAACUGGAGUCGCGUUUUGGCGGACAACAAACUUAUACUCAUCACGCUCAGUGGCGUACUGUUGGGUGUUAUAAUAGGAUUUACGUUUCGACCGUUAGGUCUCUCAAGUGACUCGCUGAUGCUGAUCGCCUAUCCGGGGGAGUUGUUUAUGCGUGUACUAAAACUGAUGAUUCUUCCACUAGUCAUCGCGAGUCUUAUUAGCGGAUCUUCCAGCUUAAAUGCGAAACUAAACGGCAAAAUUGCGCUGCGCACCUUUGUCUACUUUCUGACGACUUCGCUGCUGAAUGCCAUCCUUGGAACAACGCUGGCACUCAUUAUACAUCCGGGCAAUCCAACGACGGAAGAUGUUUUACAUACCGAUUUGCUGAGAGAUACUUCCCUUAGUAAAGCGAAAACGGUGAGCCUCAUGGAUAGUGUGCUGGAUCUUGGACGGAAUAUUUUUCCGGACAAUAUUUUCCAGGCAGCACUACAACAAGCCCACACCGUGUACGUCCCAAAAGAACCCUCGGGAAUGCUGGGAAAUGGUACAGAGCUGUCACAAACCUCUACUCCAGUUACGUCCACAUCCGUGAAUCUUGUCGACUGGUCGGAGCAAAAUGUAGAAUGGACACGAAUCGUCGAGUACCGUUCCGGCACUAACUCGCUUGGGAUUGUUUUCUUCUGCUUAGUGUUCGGCACACUGCUAGGAACGAUCGGUCGGAAAGGGUAUGUGGUGGUACAAUUUUUCUCCGCCAUUUUCGACGUCAUUAUGAAGAUGGUGACCGGUGUGAUGUGGCUUACACCGAUCGGGAUCAGCAGUGUGAUCGCUGGCAAAAUCUUGAGCGUGGACGAUAUCGGUUUCGUAAUGACGCAGCUCGCCUGGUUUAUCUUUACCAUUGCGCUCGGCGUAUUUCUGUACCAGUGGAUCAUCCUGCAGGCGAUUUACUUUGUGUUUUUGCGUAAAAAUCCGUUCCGCUUCUAUCUGGGGCUGGUUCAACCAAUCUUGACCGGCUUUGCAACGGCAUCGACGGCCGCAGCCUUACCACUAACGUUUCGCUGCAUGAACGAGCGGCUGAAGAUUGAUUCGCGCAUCACGCGGUUUGUGCUUCCGAUUGGCUGUAAUAUUAAUAUGGACGGGACGGCCCUAUUUAUUGCGGUCGCCUCCAUCUUUAUCGCUCAGAUGAGCAACAUGGCGCUGAACGUCGGGCAGGUGGUAACUGUCAUCCUAACCUCAACAGCCGCCUCUAUGAGUUCGGCCAGUAUUCCAUCGGCAGCGCUUGUACUGCUGCUGAUCGCGCUAUCCGCGAUCGAUGCACCGAUCAACAAUGCCACGGUGCUGUUUGCCAUCGAUUGGUUUGUGGAUCGUAUUCGGACGACGAACAAUUUGCUAGGGGAUUGCUAUGCUGCAGCCGUGGUAGAGCAUCUGUCCCGGAACGAGUUGAAGAUUUCCGACAUCGAUGCGUACUACAAGGACGACGACGUCACGUCCGACGACCAGUGUGAGCAGGAUGUUAACGGCAAGCGGAAAUUAUCCUUCCCCAAUUCUGUGAUUUUAAACGUAGAAGUAUCGACACCUGUUUCCAGCACUUAGGAUGGUUUUUUGGUUAUAUAUAUAAUGCCGUUUUUCGUAUACUCGCUAUCCCACACUCGCUAGGCGUAAUCUACACGCGAGUAUACUGUUUUGCGGAGGGGAAAAUAAAAGCUAAACCAUGUCGCGUGGGUUCGGAUGUACUAA